AUGUCAUGCUCUGACAACCACAGUGGAAACUCGUUCUUAGUGGACUCCUUAAUCCACGGACGAACCGAGAGCGGUGCCUCAUACUACCAAAGUAACGGCGUGUAUAUGCCACCAGGCUCGGAGUACUCCUAUGGACUACCCAACCGCGCUUUUUUCUCGGGGUUCAGUAAACGCAACGAGAGCAAUUCUCAAACUAUGGUACCCUCAUCUGGCCCGUAUUCACAUAUUCAAGGGACGGAAACGUGGCUAGAGACGUCGAGAUCUUGUCGAGUAGAUCAACCGAACAACCACCAGCAAAUUGCUCAUUGUUCAUUCUCUCCGAGCAUCAAAGAGGAGAAUGCGUAUUGCCUGUAUGAAUCAGAGAAGUGUCUUAAAGGGUCAACAACGAGGGAAGACAUUUCCUAUUCCCGGUUAACACCGGGAUCAUGCCCGGUUACAAACAGCACCGUGCCUGUUCCCGGUUACUUCCGCCUGUCUCAGACAUAUAGCUCUUCAAAGGUUUAUCAAGACGUUCAGCGGAACCCACAGCAUAAUCACUUCGCUCUACAACGUCCGGCCCGUUUCGACCCCUCACCGCCAUCUCCUACUCCGGUGGUGGAUACAGGCAGGAGGGAGAGUGAAGCACUGCCUGAACCACCGCCAUGUGCUCCGGAUGAGGACACCCGGACAUCGACCGUAGAUGGUUUGUCCUCCCCCGAACCCACCGAGAGCUGUGCAGAAAGUCCAGACAAACCCGUUAAAGGAGAUGGAACAUCUGAAACCAAAGCUAACUGGCUGACAGCGAAGAGUGGCCGGAAAAAGCGUUGCCCCUACACCAAGCACCAGACUCUUGAGCUAGAGAAAGAAUUUCUCUUCAAUAUGUACUUGACUCGUGAGCGUCGCCUGGAGAUCAGCCGCAGCGUCCACCUGACAGACAGGCAAGUCAAAAUCUGGUUCCAAAACCGAAGAAUGAAACUGAAAAAAAUGAGUCGGGAAAACAGGAGCUAUCGGGAGCUAGCGAACAACUUCAGUUUUUCGUGAGACAUUCGUGCAGUAUUUGACUCCGUCCUCCAUCAAUGGCCAGAGCGCCUUCCUUCGAGAACCUCUU